AAAUGGGCUUGGUCGGCGGCUGGUGCUGCUGCUGGGCUGGAGGGAGCGGCUCGCCCGUGUGAUGGCCGGCCCCGGGCUGAGCAUGCUGCCCUAGUGCGGGGGCCAUGUCGGAGGCGGCUCGGAGCCUCCUGCAGCGCUGGGGCGCCAGCUUCAGGAAGGGAACGGACUUCGACUCGUGGGGGCAGCUGGUGGAGGCGAUAGACGAGUAUCAGAUAUUAGCAAGACAUCUACAGAAAGAGGCCCAGUCUCAACACAACAACUCAGAGUUCACAGAAGAUCAAAAGAAAACCAUAGCUAAAAUUGCAACAUGCCUAGAAUUGCGGAGUGCAGCUUUGCAGUCCACACAGUCGCAGGAGGAAUUUAAGCUGGAGGAUCUGAAGAAGCUAGAACCAAUCUUAAAGAAUAUCCUCACCUAUAAUAAAGAAUUCCCCUUUGAUGUUCAGCCUGUCCCACUCAGGAAGAUUUUAGCACCUGGAGAAGAGGAGAACUUGGAAUUUGAGGAAGAUGAUGAGGAAGGUGGAGCUGGAGCAGGGUCUCCAGAUUCUUUUCCUGCUAGAGUUCCAGGUACUUUAUUACCCAGGUUGCCGUCGGAACCCGGGAUGACGUUACUCACUAUCAAAAUAGAGAAAAUUGGUCUGAAAGAUGCUGGGCAGUGCAUUGAUCCUUAUAUCACAGUUAGUGUAAAGGAUGUGAAUGGGGUAGACCUGACCCCUGUGCAGGAUACUCCAGUGGCUUCAAGGAAAGAGGACACUUAUGUUCAUUUUAAUGUGGACAUUGACAUUCAGAAACAUGUUGAAAAACUAACAAAAGGUGCAGCUAUUUUCUUUGAAUUCAAACACUAUAAGCCCAAGAAGAGAUUUACCAGCACCAAGUGCUUUGCUUUCAUGGAGAUGGAUGAAAUUAAACCUGGGACAAUUGUUAUAGAACUAUACAAAAAACCCACUGACUUUAAAAGGAAGAAACUGCAAUUGUUGACCAAGAAACCACUUUAUCUUCACCUCCAUCAAACAUUGCACAAGGAAUGACCCUUUUGUGAGACUUCUGUGAACUAAACCACUUGUCACAAAUCAUGGUAGCUGCGUGUGUAGCACCCCCAUCCUUCAACAGGCAGGAAAAUGGCUGUACUCAUGCCAGUAGGUCAGAUGAGACCAUCACACACUGCACAGCAAUAUCACAGGGUCAGAGGUUAAGCCUACCAUUCAGGUGCAAGUUUCUUCCAGUACCUUUUGGAUACCAGUUUUAUCACAAGCGGGCUGAAGUAUUUUGUGACAAUUUCUCUUCAUAAUUGAGCUGUUUCUAAAAUUUCAAUUUUGUAACUUACCUCUUGUUUUUACCCUUGCUUCAAAAACCUUGCUAGAGGGUGGGAAGUGCCCCAUUCACCAAGCCUGAUGCAGCAAAAUGUCGUGGCAGGUUUGCUAGCUUGUUUACUCUUGCUAUGCUUGCUAUUGCAGUCCCUCACAUUUUAGAAUCCUUCACUCUGUCUUGUUGGGAGGGUGGGGGAAGGUGAUAGAAAAGGGAUUUUACAGAAAGAAAGUGUCUGUGAGUGGUUUAAGAAGCAGGAGGAUGGUGGUUAGAGAGAGAGAGAGAUUCAAUCCAAAGUUGAAAUGCUGCUCUAGAACAUCUUGUCAGCCUGCUCUUUUGUCUUAUCUGGCUAAGUGGCAGAGGAACGGAGGGAGGAGUGUUGAGGGUAAAAGGGAAGGUGCUGAUGAGACAACCAAAUUGUCAAUUGUUUAUCUCAAUCGGAUAGUUCCCAGACUUGCAGCAUCUAGUGUAUCGUGAUUUCAGGUAGAACUUGUCUAUUAUUACAAGUGUUGGAAUCCCUUAAAAAUCAUGAAUACUUAAGGGAACAACCUUCUUACAUUCUUUUUUCUAUACUUUGUAUUUCCUACCCACUUUCCCAGACAGUGGUGUACAAAGGGGCAUGUGUGGGACAGCUUUGGGGGCCCAUCCUACUGCCUUUGCUGUCAGUGGGAGUUUUACCAUUGAUUUCACAGGUGGUCGGAUCGGGCCCUUACUACUCAAUGUUUUUGGUGGGGGCUUUAUGCUAACAGCUUGGAAGUGCUCUGGCUAUCUCAGGCUGUCGACUGAAGACAGACGCCUGCCCAUGAAAAACUCUUUUCAUAAAAUCUGAUUGUGGAUCUUUGCAUACCUCUAUUUGUAUGCAAGUCUGGAAACUUAGUCUAAAAUAACCUGGUUUUUAUGUAGGUAGAUAGGAUUAUCAUUUAUUUUCUAUAUUAUUGAGAUGCAUAGUGUGUAAUAAGCUGCAGGGCAUUGGCUUAUUAUAACAUGAAUAUUUGCAUCCACCUUUUAACUUAAUAAAGGGACCGAAGUAGAACCCAUUCGAACUUUUCAUAUAUUCAAUGAGUGGAAUAUUUAAUACAGUUCUUCAAGGUCUGAUGUGCUUCAUGUGUAUCUUAAAUAGUGCCUGCAUACACACUGCUAUGCUAACAAGGACCAGCUCCAGGAGAAUGCAGUGUCAAGUGUUAGCUUUUCUAAUAGCUUGGACGUAAAUGUACCAUUAACGCCUUUCUUUCUGCACCAUGUAAUACUAACGCACUCCAGAACACUGUUUAAAAAAGUGAGGGGAAAGGAUUUUUUCACUUUUCACAGCAGUCUGUUUAUGGAGUAUAUCAGGGGUGUUCCUUUCUGCCUCUCGUACAGUGAUUUGAAGGGAACUGUAAUGGGGAUAAAACGAGGCCUUUUGGAAGUUGGAAGCUGAAUUUAUUCUCCCCUUCUUUCCUCUCCUCUGGCUUAAUUGUGGAUGAGUUCACCUCCGUGAGCAAUUAUUUGGCUAAUGGCUGAAGAACUGUAUUUUCCUGUUAACAGUUCUAAAAGGGACCCAAUUACAUUAUAACCUUUUACAACAAUGUCAUGCCUGAAACAAACACUAAAUAUCUUGAUUAGUUUUGUUAAAAUAAAUGUAAAUAGAAUCGGCCAUAGUGUUCCUCCAUUGUGUCUGCUGGUGUUGUACAAAGGAAGGAAACAUUCAUUAAAUAAACUGACAAUAUCUUAUAGGUACAAAACCACAAUUUUUCACCACUGCAAAAGGUGUAGUGUAUGACCUUGAUCAUCCAAAGCACUUGCUUAAAGUUAAAGUCAGUGGGUCUCUCUGCAUGCACCAGUGCUUUGCUGAAUAAGGUUCUAGGCCUCAUGUAGCCUUUUUAAAGUUCAUUCUAAGAGGCUUCCAUGUUUUCCGAUGUGUACAUUUGUCCUACUAAAUAAAUAAAUAUUUUGUGGCUAUGUACUUGUCUACAUAUGAAGUACUCAAAUACAUCUCCAUAUAAACUGUCCUGUUAGGUGAUCAUCAGUCAGUAAUGGGGAAAGUUAAAACCUACUCGUACCCUCUGUAUGUUAUACUGACUCCUAGGGAUAAUCCUUUCAAAGUUAAGAACUAUUUAAGAUGUUAAUUUAGGGGAGUUAAAUGAAAUGGAAUACACUUGCUUUGGGGGGGGAAUAUAAUAGGUUAAACUUUAACUUGAGGGAUCUGAUUUUCAAAGAUGGGUGUCCUUAAAAUGCAUAUGUAAUAGAUGUAUACAAUUAACCAGUUACAUGUCUACUGGUGAAUGUUUAUGAGCCAAUGUGUACACUAGUGCCUACAAAUUAAACAUGUUUUCAUGUGAAA